AUGAAAGAUUUGCAUCAAGCUGAGGUGAAAGGAUUGCAGGUCACCGUGCCUGAGAAGAAGAAGGUGGCCAUGUUGUUUCAGCCUGCUCUACUUCGCUGCCAUUUCUCUACUUCUUCCACCCAACCAGCUGUGGUGCAGUGGAGGUUUAAAUCUUACUGCCAGGACCGGAUGGGAGAAGCUUUGGGUAUGGUGACUUCUGGUUUACAAACAAUGAGCAAGAGGAACCUGGACUGGGAUCCCUACUUGGACUGUGUGGACAGCAGGAGGACAGUCCGCGUUGUGGCUUCCAAACAAGGAUCUGCUAUCACUAUAGGGGACUUCUAUAAGGAAAGAGAUGUCAGCAUUGUCCAUGAUGCAGAUCUUCAGAUUGGGAAGUUGAUGUGGGGAGACAGUGGGCUCUAUUACUGCCUUAUUAUCACACCAGAUGAUGUGGAGGGCAAGAAUGAGGAAUCAGUGGAGCUGCUUGUGCUUGGCAGGACAGGGCUGCUUGCUGAUCUCUUGCCCAGUUUUGCUGUGGAGAUUAUGCCAGAGUGGGUCUUUGUAGGCCUGGUGAUCCUGGGAGCAUUCCUGUUCUUCCUUCUGGUGGGGAUCUGCUGGUGCCAGUGCUGCCCACACAGCUGCUGCUGUUACGUCCGCUGCCCCUGCUGUCCUGAGUCCUGCUGCUGUCCCCGGGCAUUGUAUUUAGCAGGCAAGGCAGCAAAAGCUGGGUACCCUCCUGUAGUCUCUUCCAUGCCAGGUCCAUACUACAUACCCAGUGUUCCUGUAGCUGGUGUCCCGUCUCCUGCUGUGUUGAUGGAUAAAUCGCACCCCCCUCCGUUGGCCCAAAGUGACUCCAGUGGAGCAAGCCAAAAUG